UUUUCUUUAACAAUGACAACACUUGUUUAAGAAUUAAAAUGAAUGAAAGUGGAUGAUAAAUAAUGCCAAAUACUGUAAAGUUAUCAGUUAUCAGUUAUCUUGUUUUGAUUGAGUCGUUAUUUUUGAAAACGUUCAUGAAAAAUUUCAAUGUUUUCAGAUAUAAUUGAAAUUUUUACUUUGAAAAAAUUGGUUUGUUUAAAUUAAGUAGAAAUUCAAGAGAUCGAUGUUAUUAAAUUGCUGAUUGACAAAAUGAAUUUUUCUGAACAAAGUGCUCAGAACACACUUCCACAAUUUUCAGAGAUAGCAUCACGUACUAAUGUUACAACUUCAAAUUAUACAUCAAAUCGAAAUAAUUCUGUACAAUCUAAUCAGAAUGCUAUUUAUACUACAGCUAAUGAAUUACACAGUGCAAAACAAAUUUUAAUUAAUUCACCAAAUAAAUAUUCUAGUACAAUUUUAAAUUGGCCAGAUCCGAAUGCUUUAAUGCAAUUUUGUGAGAAACAAGGCUUUCAAACAAUAAACAUUCCAGCUUAUAGUCAAAAUAGUACAGUUUUAAGUGUUCAGUCACAUAAUUUGCCCAUGAGAAUUAUUCCUAAUGUGUAUGUUCCUCAAACUGAUAAUAAUCUUGAUAAGAAUGAUAUAAGUCACUUAAAAAAUGGAAGUGAAACAAAUUGUAGUACAAUUAAUUCUCAAACUCUUCAACAGCAAAGUUUAGUAAUGGCAGAAUAUCUUCAAAAAUUACAGUCAUCUUCACUUCCAUUAACUUUACAACAAUUAAUUAAAAUACAAUCAGAACAAGUAAAGAAAGAAAAAGAUGAUGAACAAAAAAAUGACCAAAUCCAAAAUAUUUUAAACAUUCCAAGUGUGCCAAUAUACAAAAGUCUACAGAAUGAUACUCAAUACCUACAUAACGAUCAUUCAAUUGUUCCAUUAAAUCCAAGUGAUGUAAAUGUUCACAUAGAAGAACAAUCUGAAAAUACUACACAAGGCCAAACACAAACUAAUAAGAUAGAGCAAACCAUACAAAUAGAUGUAUCUAAGCCUGAGAAGAAAAUAAAAUUUAGAGCAAAAACUGGUGAGAUAAAAAUUACCAUAGCCCUUGAUGGUUCAACUUUAUACUGCUGCCCUGAAUGCAAUCUUGCAUUUGCUCAAAAAUCUGAAAUAGAUUUACAUUUACAGAUACAUGUACAGGAACGAAAAUAUCAAUGCAAGGAGUGUGGCGCAAUGCUGAAACGCAAGGAGCAUCUAGACCAACAUAUGCGUGGUCAUUCGGAUGAGCGACCGUUCAAAUGUCCAGUCUGCCAGAAAGCUUUUAAGCGCAACGAACAUCUUACGAGGCACUACGUUAUACAUUCCGGUGACAAAAACUUUUCUUGCCAAGUUUGUCAAAAGGCAUUUUCGCGUAAAGAUCAUUUAAACAAGCACACGCAAACACACCUCGGAAUCAAGAAAACGAAAUCUAAGAGGGAUAUUGUGGAGCUGACAAGUAAUGAUACUACGACAUCGAUGUUACUUAGGCCGGAUAUUAAUAAUUUUUUUAAAGAAGGUAAUUUAAAGCAAGAUACAACACAUUUCCUUCAACAUAUACAAAAUUUGCAAAAAGACUCAAAUCUUAUGCAAACUUUCUCCGCCUUCAAAGAACAUGUUUUAAAAGAUGGCAGCAGCACAUUGCAGCAGCAGGCUGUUAAUAUGAAUGAAAUCUUACCACAAAACACUAGAUAUCUUAUGCCAUCCUAAGAUUUAUUUUGUUUUCUUUUUGGAUUUAUAAAAAAUAUAACAAGGUGCAGUUAAUCUUUUAUUAUGUGAGAAUAUCUUUACGACAGCAAUAAAUUAAAUGGAAGAAAGGAACAAAUAUCUUGGCUAGAAAAGUUUAUUGGAAAGAUACAAAGUUUUUUUCAAUAACUGUUAGCAAAUCAAUUAAUUUUAAAUGCUAA